AUGUUAUCCCUCACAAUCCCGAAACUUGCAGAUGAGCUUUUCUUGCGACCCGUCGUGAUAUCGAUGAACAGUUUGGCCCUGUCGGCCCUUAUGUCAUAUGUGAUGUCCUCUAACGGACGUAUCGACUGGAGACCGAUAACCAUCUGCGUCACGUCCGAUAUCCUUGCCAUUGGCGCUGACCAUCUUAAGGAUAAAGAAGAGGAGUUUUCGUUGGACCGCACUACCACCAACGACCCAUGCAUCACCUGUUGGUUUAUAUAUGCACGAACUUUCCUCGCCGCCAAUGGUGUGCUCCUUGCAUUGGUACUAUCUCAGUGUCCAAUUUCGACGCUCCUCACCACGGCAAUGUUUGUCGUUCCUGCCUUGCUCUGGACCACUCCGAUCAGCUUCAAGAAGUGUGGCAUCUACGCUGUGGUUUUCUCCGUGUUGUCGGGAUCAGGCAAUCUCACUAGCACGUUGCCGUCUCCAUGGAGCGUCGUUCAACUGAUAGUGUGGUCGACCGUCAACCGCUCAUGCCACGCAAUCAUGACCGAUGUCCGUGAUUUUGAAGACGAUAUGAAGGUUGGGGUCCCCACUAUACCUGUCCUUCUCGGUUCAAUACUCAAAACCAAGGUCAUAUUGACGGUCUGUCAUAUGCUGGUUAUGUUGGCCUUCAUUGAAAACACAUACAUUAUGGGAAGCUGUCUAUUCGCCGCAGCUCUGGUGUGGAUACUGGGCAAAGACUCGCCAAAGAAGGUGUUCUUGUUUAGCUCCCAUUCGCAGUCCCUGUUUACUAUUUGGUAUUUGUUGAUGAGGCAGUAUCCUCCGUUAUAA